AUGGGGCUGCUCGGGGUGCCCUCGGACGCCGGCAGUGCGGCUGAGCUGUGCGAGCGAGGUGAGACCGUCUGCCUGAAGCGCAGUAAGAGCUUCUGCAUCCUCCCUGCGCUGUGUGUUGCUGUCGAAGAGCGGGGGCAGGGAGGGCAUCGCAAGGAGGCAGCUGGUAAGGAGGUCGAUCUUUCGCACUUGUCCCCAGAGGAGAGAUGGAGGGUGGAGCAUGCACGGAUGCAUGCCAAGCACCGUGGUCACGAGGCUAUGCAUGCCGAAAUGGUCCUCAUCCUUAUCGCCACGCUAGUGGUGGCACAGCUCCUGUUGGUUCAGUGGAAACAGAGGCACCCUCGCUCCUACAACAUGGUGACCCUCUUCCAGAUGUGGGUAGUGCCUCUGUAUUUCACGAUCAAGCUGUACUGGUGGCGGUUCCUGGUAAUCUGGGUGUUCUUCUCAGCGGUCACAGCUUUUGUCACCUUCAGGGCAACUCGAAAACCUCUGGUACAGACAACGCCCAGGCUGGUUUAUAAAUGGUUUCUACUAAUAUACAAGAUCAGCUACGCCACUGGAAUCGUAGGGUACAUGGCUGUGAUGUUUACACUUUUUGGUCUUAACUUAUUAUUCAGAAUCAAACCAGAAGACGCAAUGGACUUCGGCAUCUCCCUCCUCUUCUAUGGUCUUUACUACGGGGUGCUGGAGCGGGACUUUGCCGAGAUGUGUGCGGAUUACAUGGCCUCGACAAUCGGG